UAUUCUCUCUCUCUCUCCCUCCCUCCCUCUCUCUCUCCAAUUCGAGAAAUCAGAGAGGGUCUCUCUCUCUCUCUCUCUCUCUCUCUCUCUCCCCCACAGAUUCGAUUCAAUCGCCGCUCUUUCCUUACUGUUCCUCGCAAAUCCGUCGUCUUCUUCUUUCAACAAUCUCUGUCUGUUUCUCUCACUCAUGCUCCCAGAUUUUUAAGUACUGGUUUUGAUUUUUGAUUCGAUUCGAAUUCUAUCGAAAAACCAGAGAAUGGAUGGGGACCCAUUUUCUGGGUUUGGAAAUGGUACACAGCUAGAUGGGAAGGUGUUGCAGACGUUUCAGAAGAGCUUUGUUCAAGUUCAGGACAUUUUGGAUCAAAACAGGCUAUUAAUCAAUGAGAUCAACCAAAACCAUGAGUCCAAAAUCCCAGACAAUCUCAGCAGGAACGUGGGCCUGAUCAGAGAGCUCAACAACAACAUCAGGAGAGUGGUUCACCUCUACUCGGAUCUUUCCACUUCUUUCACCAAAUCCAUGGAUAACUCCUCCGAGGGGGACUCGAGCGGUCUGAAAUCGGACGGGAAAGCCGGACACAAGAGGAAUAGGCCUGGGUAAAAUAAAGGUCAUGAUAUUCCCAAAUUAUAUGUGUUCUACUAAUUCUUUUGCAUAUUGUGGUAGUUGAACAAUAUUAGAGCUUAUGUAACCCUCUGCUGUAUUAAUCACCUGUCUUUAGUGCUUCUGAGGCAAAUAAUUGUUCCAACUGUAUCUCUCUCUCUCUCUCUCUCUCUCACAUUAAAAAUCUGUGUAGCCCUGGAUCUAAUGGAAGAAUCAGCCUUAUUCUGUGCCA